UCCAAUUAUCUUCUUAAUGAGCUUUCUGAACCAUAACAUCUCAUAUUAUCGGCUCUGCUUUGCUCUCUCUCUCUAGACACAAGUUUUAAACUCCUUUUUGGAAAUGCGCGCACCGAACGGCAGCGCGUCCGUGGACGCGGAGGAUGUCCCCAGAGACGAGAGUCUGGCCAAGGUGGAGAUCGCGCUCCUGAGCGUCAUCUUCGUGAGCGCCUCGCUCCUCAACGCCGCCCUGCUGCUGGUCCUCUGGAGACAGCGCAAGCAGAUGUCCCGGAUGCGCAUCUUCGUCUUCCACCUGUGCCUGGCGGACCUGGUGGUCGCGUUUUUCCAGGUGUGCCCGCAGCUCAUCUGGGACAUCACGGACAGAUUCGUGGGGCCGGAUGUAGUGUGCCGCCUCGUGAAGUACCUCCAAGUUCUCGGCAUGUUUUCCUCGACCUACAUGAUCGUAGUGAUGACAGUUGACCGGUACCAGGCCGUCUGCAACCCCAUGGUGAAAUUUCAGCGCGCGCGCACCCGGAUCAACGUCCCCGUGUGCGCCGCGUGGGCUCUCUCCGUGGUGGGCAGCCUGCCGCAGGUGUUCAUCUUCUCUCAAGUGGAGGUUGCGCCCGGAGUGUUUGACUGCUGGGCGGACUUCAUCCAGCCGUGGGGGCUGCAGACUUACGUCACCUGGACCACCCUGGUCAUUUUCAUCCUACCUGUGACCACGGUUGUUAUUUGCCAAGUGCGCAUCUGCAGAGCGAUCCAAAUCAACCUUCACCAAAAAACGCUCAAGCAGGGGAGUAAAGGAGUCUGGCUACCGUCCAGAGCGAGCGGGGCGGCCAGCAUGUCCAAAGCCAGGGUGAAGACGCUGAAGAUCACGGUGGUCAUCGUGCUGGCUUACAUCAUCUGCUGGGCUCCCUUCUUCACUGUCCAGCUCUGGUCCGCGUGGGAUACGCACGCUCCAAAAGAAACUGCGACCUUCACCAUCCUGAUGUUGCUAGCCAGCCUGAACAGCUGCGCGAACCCCUGCAUCUACCUUCUGCUCAGCGGACAGUUCCCCAAGAAGCUUCUGACGCUGCUGUGUCGACGCCACUCCAGCGGCAGGACCCCGGGACACGAGGACCCCACGGUGGUCAGCUCCCUGUACAUGAGCUUCAAAAACAUCUCCGAGUCCAAGUGAGGAGACGGAGAAAAGCACGGAGCUUUACGCGCCACAUUCUGCGUUAAAUAGGAUGAAUCCAUCAAACAUGUGAAGUGAGUCGCACUUCAUGGACCACAGAAUGUGAUGAGGGAGCAAUAAACUAAAGAGCCGGUGCCGACACGCGUGAUUGUUGACUGAAUAAAAACAAGUGUUUAAAUAUGACUUCAAAUGAAAAAAUACAUUUUUAUACAUUACUAUUUAUUUUCCUUUGUAUGUAUAUGGAUUAAUACUA